AAGAUGUUAUCUUUGAUGUCUGUCUUCCUGAUCCUGGAAUAUUUCUUGCUUUUUAGUGCAGCACAUCCCAGGUGCUUUUGGAGAAUAAAACCAAAUGAAAACAAGGUUGGAGAUGUAGAGGAUGAUUGUUUUUUUUACAUAUACACAAGACAGGGUCCACUGUUGAAUGAUCCUUUCAAUGGAAAUCCAGAUAUUCAAUUGACAACCAGGAAUAUCCACCUGAUUUUGUCUCUAUUGUUUGCCAUCAAACAAAUAAACAGGAGCAUUCGUAUUUUACCAAAUAUUUCUCUGACACUUAAGGUCAACUGUGUCAAAAAGGAAGAUCUACAAGUAAUUAGCAUGUUCUCAAACAGAGAUGCAACUAUUCCUAACUACAACUGUAAACAUGGAAGGAGAUUAUUAAGUGUACUUACAGGACCACGGUGGUUUUCAUCUGUUGUACUUGGGCCACUCCUAUACAUCUUUGCAAUACCACAGCUUUACUAUGGCCCAUUUCAUCCUCUCCUGAGUGACCGGGAACACUAUCCGUAUCUAUACCAGAUGUCUCCAAAAGACACAUUUCUGGCCCUGGCCAUGAUGGCCUUGGUGGUUCAUUUUAGCUGGAAUUGGGUGGGACUAGUCAUUUCAGAUGAUGAACUAGGCAUCCAGUUUCUCUCUAAGUUGAGAGGAGAGAUGCACAAACACAGAGUCUGUUUAGCCUUUGUGAAUAUGAUCAUAGAAAAUAUACAAUUACACCAGAAAAGAGCUGAAAAGUAUUAUAACCAGAUUGUGAUGUCAUCAGCAAAAGUUAUUAUCAUUUAUGGGGACCCAGACACUCUAACUGUACACUUUAGACUGUGGCAACAUUUAGGCAUUAAGAGACUCUGGAUCACCACCUCACAGUGGGAUGGGAGUAAAGGAGACUUCCUUCUUACCUCCUUUCAUGGGAUUUUCAUUUUUUCACAUCCCCAUUCUGAGAUUCCAGGUUUUAAAAAUUUCAUCCAGACAGUGCACCCUUCCAGCUACAAUAAAGAUACUUCCAUUGCUAGGUCAUGGUGGAUGUAUUUUAACUGCUCAUUGCCAUCUCAUUGUAAGACACUGAAAAACUGUUCAACUAAAAUCCUACUAGAAUGGUUAUCCAAGCACCAGUUUGAAGUGUCCAUGAGCGAGACAAGUUACAACUUAUACAAUGCUGUCUAUGCUGUAGCCUAUGCACUUCAUGAAAUGCUUAUUCAACAUACAGAGCAUUGGCAAAAGAAUAUUGGAAAAGGACUGGAAUUUUACUCCUGGAAGAUGGCCCCUUUUCUGGAGAACAACAAAUUUAUAAAUCCUUCUGGAUAUCAAUUCAACAUUAAUCAAAAAGGGAAACUGGAUACAGAAUAUGACAUUCUCUAUGCCAUGAAUUUUCUACCAGCUAUUGGACUUAAUGUGAAAAUAGGAAAAUUUUCCCAACAUUUUCUGCAUGGUCAGCAAUUAUAUAUAACUGAAGACAUGAUAGACUGGACCAUGGACAUUAGACAGACACUGCCAUCAGUAUGCAGUAUGCCCUGCAGUGUAGGAUUCCGAAAAUCCCUUCAGAAAGGAAAGGCUGUAUGCUGUUUUGAUUGUACUCCAUGUCCAGAGAAUGAAAUUUCUAACAUGACAGACAUGGAUCAAUGUGUGAAGUGUCCAAAUGAUCAGUAUGCCAACAUAAAACAAACUCACUGUCUAAAAAAGAUUGUCACCUUCCUGGCUUAUGAAGACCCUUUAGGAAUGGCUCUGGCCUCUUUAGCCCUAUGCUUCUCUGCUCUCACAGCUUUUAUACUCAGUAUCUUUUUGAAGCACCAAGACAAUCCCAUUGUCAAGGCGAAUAACCGACUUCUCAGCUACAUUCUGCUCAUCUCUCUGAUAUUUUGUUUUCUUUGUUCCUUGCUCUUCAUUGGCCACCCCCAUGUGGCUACCUGCAUCCUGCAGCAGACUACAUUUGCAGUUGUUUUCACUGUAGCAGUUUCUGCUAUUUUGGCUAAAACAAUUACUGUGGUAAUGGCUUUCAUGAUCACUGAUCCAAGAAAAAAAAUAAGACAGAUGUUAGUAACAAGGGCACCUAACUAUAUCAUUCCCAUCUGCACCAUGAUCCAACUUAUUCUCUGUGGAACCUGGCUAGGAACAUCUCCUCCAUUUGUUGAUACUGAUCCACACUUUGAACAUGGCCACAUCAUCAUUUUCUGCAACAAGGGUUCAGUUAUUGCCUUCUACUGUGUCCUGGGUUUCUUGGGCCUAUUAGCCCUGGGGAGUUUCACUGUAGCUUUUCUGGCCAGAAAUCUGCCUGAUAGAUUCAAUGAAGCCAAGCUCCUGACAUUUAGCAUGCUGGUGUUUUGUAGUGUGUGGAUUACAUUUCUCCCUGUCUAUCAUAGCACCAAGGGAAAGGCAAUGGUGGUUGUGGAAAUCUUUUCUAUCUUGACUUCCAGUGCAGGGUUGCUUGUUUGUAUUUUUUUCCCAAAGUGCUUCACAAUUUUGUUAAGACCUAUGGUGAAUUUUACUGAAAAGUUCAGUGGCACACAUUCUAAGAUUGAAAGUAUCCCUUAA